UUGCUGAUGAUUCUGAACGCAGCUCACAGUUUGUCUACUUCCACUCCACCGCUACGUCAUUUCCGUUAUGCUACCAUCUGCGAGAGUUUUGUCCAAGAUGGCGUCAACGCAGUUAACGGAUGAGGAGCUUUUCUCAGAAUUAAAGCGAUUUGGUUUCACUCCAGGCCCGGUUACCGAAAACACUCGCCCGGUAUAUUUGAAGAAAUUGAAGAAGCUCCGCGAAGAGCAACAGCAGCGAGGAUCCAGGUCCGGUAAAACCCGGAGCGGCGGGGCCAUCAACAGCACCAGUGGCGGAGGCAACACGGCGGGAUCCAGGCCAGCCAGCCAUGACGUCACGCACCUGAGCUCUAGCAGGAGACCGGGCAGGAAGUCCUCCGUCCUCGGGUUCAGCUCCGACGAAUCUGACGCCGAAGCUCCACUGAAAAGAGAAGGCCUAAACCACAGCAGUAAGUCCGACCGAAACUCCAGUUUGCUACAGCAAACGAAGGUACGGCCCGUUACAACAUCAAGAAUGGCCACCAAGAUUCAGUUUGGCGCUACCAGUACGCUGAAUAGCAACAAUUCUUCCCCCGGUCCGGGUGGACAGAGAAGCGUCUCGUUGGGCUGGGGGGUUCGUGCCAGAUCCAGACCCAGCCCCGAGGCCGAGGGGAGGGAUUACGACGAAUCGGGGGACGAGGACGACCACGAGGGGGGAAUGGAGCAGAACUCUCGAUCUUUAAAUGGCAGCGGGGCUCCUCAUUUAAACGCUAGCAAGCUAGCUGGGGAUUACUCUGACUCUGACGAGGAGGAGGUUAUGGGCCGGAGUGCCGGGGACCAGCUUGGACGCAGCCCCCCAAAAGCUGGGUUUCAUUCCCACAAAGCGGGCCAAAGGUCCCAGACGGGAGUGGCCGCCAGACAGGUUAACCCGCCCGAUAUUCUAAAUAUGGUGGCGAGCCGGGGGGAGGAAGAGGAGGUUAACAGACGGGACCCGUCGCCAGCCUCGCGCUGCCACAACUUUGCCAGGAAACCCAUCUACGUGUCGCUCGCCGAGAACCGCGCAGGAGAAGCCGGCGAGAACAACCACGUCGACGGCGAGGACGAAGCACCCAGAAGCGGCAGCAGAAGUCGAUUCGCCAUCGGGUUGAGACCGCGCUUCUCCAACUACAGCAGUCUGUCUCAGACGUACAGGGGCGGCCACCCCAACCACACCGCCCCCAACCACGCGCACAGCCCGGCGGUGCUGAAGCAGAGGCUCUCCGUGCCGGAGGAUGAUUUGCUCCAGCAGUUCAAAAGGGACGAGGUGGCCUCCUCGAGUAGCUUCAGCGCUCACUACCUGUCCAUGUUCCUGCUCACGGCAGCCUGCCUUUUCUUUCUGCUGCUGGGCCUCAUGUACCUCAGGAUGAGGGGCUCUGGGUCCUCGGAGGUCGAUGGAGUUAUUAAAAGCCACCCGUUUGGCGGGGACUUUGACGCUUAUGACAAGGCGACGAAGGACCUGAUCCUAAAGCUGCUGCUCAAUCUACACGACCACCUGGCCAUCGUCGCAGGCCAGCAUGACUGUGGAGACCAGCAGUAUCACAACAGGAGUCUGUCCUUGGAAGAGGCCUCGGCGUAUCUAGUGGUUCAGAAUCCAGAGUUUGAUGGAUUCAUUGAAACGGCUCUGGAGUGGAUCAUCCGGACAGGCCAGGAUGUUGGCAUAAGGCUGACUGGGCAGGUAGCUGAUGAUCCGCUGAUCGAUGUGUCCGAGAUCUCUCGGCUGGAGUCCACGCAUCCCAAGAUGCCCUUCAUGUGCCGCUUCCGCAGAGCCUUCCUCACUGUCAUCAGCCGAGUCUUCCUCAUUGCAGUCGUGGCGGGCUGUGCGUGGAGUGUGGUCUACUACGUAAAGUAUCGCUGGAGGAAAGAGGAGGAGCAGACCCGGCAGAUGUACGACAUGGUAGAAAGGAUCAUUGAUGUGUUAAGGAGCCACAGUGAGGCCUGCCAGGAGAACCUGGACCUGAAACCCUACCUGCCCAUUCCCCAUGUCAGAGACUCCCUGGUUCAGCCUCAGGACCGGAAGAAGAUGAUGAAGGUUUGGGAGCGGGCAGAGAGGUUCCUUUCAGCCAACGAAUCCAGGAUUCGAAAAGAGUCUCAGAGAAUCGAUGGAGGCGACUUCCUGGUGUGGAGAUGGAUCCAGCCUUCGCUCAGUUGUGACAAGACCUUGAUGCCCUCCAAAGUGUGGCAGGGAAAAGCUUUUCCUCUGGACCGGAGGAACUCACCCCCCAACAGCCUAACUCCGUGUCUGAAGAUCAGAAACAUGUUUGACCCGGUCAUGGAGGUCGGGGAGAGCUGGGACCUGGCCAUCCACGAGGCCAUUCUGGAGAAGUGCCACGACAAUGACGGUAUUGUCCACAUCGCAGUGGACAAGAACUCCCGAGAGGGCUGUGUCUACGUCAAGUGUCUCUCUGCGGAACACUCGGGGAGAGCCUUCAAGGCACUACACGGCUCCUGGUUUGAUGGUAAGCUGGUGACCGUUAAGUAUCUGCGUCUGGACCGGUACCACCAGCGCUUCCCACAAGCCCAGGGCUCCAGCACUCCCUUGAUGGCCUCCAGCCUCCACGGCAACGCCCCGGGCCCCACUACAAACCGUCUGCAGCACCGCGGGGCGGCCCACUCCUCGGGCUUCUCGUGAAGGCGCCGCCAGCUGUUGGAUUUGUCCUCUGUGCCCUCCCAGCAUGACAGCACCAAUCUGCUGCUGCUGCUUCACAAUGGGGAACACUUCAGCCUGUGUCUCGGGAGAUGGCUUUUUUUUCCUUUUGUUUGUUUUCUUUUGUUGUUGUUUUUCCGCAAGAGAAGCUGUUCAGCUGCGUGGUGUUUGUUUUUAAAUAAUCUUUGUAUUAAAAUGUUCUGGAUUUAAGGGUUCAGGAAGCAGGAACAGUUCUUCUGGACUAUUGACGCGUGCACCGACUCCAAACCUCACUUCUACAGUAUGACUGUUCGACGGAGGUCGUUUGGGUGCCGUGUGAAAACUGGGUGCAUGCGUCAAUACAACAUGGCGCUGAUUUCCCCAGAAGAUGUGCGAUGUACUCCCUGUUAUUAGUCAAGAGAAGACGGCGUGAACCGCCUGUCGAGACUGCGCUGUAAAUACAUGCGAAUGGUGGCACAAGCUUUAUUACAUCAUCCGUAUUCAAAGCUAAACUAUAAGCUCCCUUCCCUUUUUUUUUUUUUUUCUUUGUUGCUGCUGCUCGGUUCCCAUGGCAGAGCACAUGUGCAUCCAGAGGCUCCCCGGGAACAGCCUCCGUGAUUGUCGGCUUCUUCAUGUAUCUCGUGCACAACUUUUUCUGUCCCCUUUUUGUUAUUUGUAAUCCAGACUCUGAGCGAUAUACCAGAAUCAGGGAGCAUACACGCCACCUGGCACUUCCUCCUCUACUUGUAAGCCAAUAUAUUCCCCAAAUUAUUCCUAUUUUUACUUAUGUUUCCCUCCCUCGAGUCACGUAAUUUUCUUUAUGCACGCAUAGCAACUAACUUCAGGGUGUUUCAUGUCCAGUUUACAAGUUGAGGGAACCAGAUGCUGUCGCUACUGGUCUCUGAGCAUUCGGCCUCUCGCAGUGACGCUACCACUCUUUUAUUGCCAUAUGGAGUACUGUGAGGAUAUAGACAAUCCCUGUAAGGAGACUAUUGAACCUAAGGAUUUCCUGAUUGCUCGUGCUUUUUUCGAUAGCACCUGUGUAUUUAAAAAAACACUAAAUAUCCAGGCAUUGGGUGGAUGUGAUUCGAUUUUUUUAAAUGCAGUGAAUUGGAAGUUAGAUUCAGUAUUUGCAGUGUGUGAAUUGUACAAGUGAUGCACAUUUCAAAAUGUUUUCAAAAACCUGUUGCAACGGUUUGCAGCAAGCAACCCAAGUGUGCCUUAAAUUUGUGCUUUAGUUUUUUAUACUGUCACUAGACAAUGUGCUGGAUUUAAGAAAGUUUUAAAGGAUGAGGAAGGUCUGCCAUGGGUGGAGUUUUGGAGGUUGACAUCUUCAUAUUUGGUAUUUUGUAGCAGUUUUCUUGAUAUUGAACCAAAUGCUUCUCCUUAUUUAUUAAUAUUGUUUAUAAAUCAGCUUUGGUGAUGUACUAUUUUAAUGUCAUGACCUAUUAAAUGUUUCAUAACUUUUUCUUUUCAAUGAGGAUACAUUACAUCCGCUUCCAAACAUGUCAGGAUGUGUCCAAUGACAAAAUAAAGUGAACUCUUUGCAAAAUAAACAAGCUGAUCUAUGCAUCA